AUGGUAAAGAAACAAGAAUUUAGAAGAUUAAAUGGCAGAACUCAAGGUCAAUUAAGGUCGAUGGAGUCAGAACAGUCAUUAUUAAAUAAAGCAGAUGGGUCAGCAAAAUUCAGUCAAAAUAAAACAUCAGUAUUGGCAGCAGUUUAUGGACCAAUAGAAGUUAAUAGUGCACGUAAAGAAAAAAUUUUAAAAUCAUAUGUCGAAGUUACAUUCACACCAGCAUUAGGUAACACAACAUAUUUAGAUAAAGAAAAAGAAUUAUUAGUUAAAAAUGCAGUUGAAUCUGUUAUUUUAACUACAUUACACCCAAGAACUCAAGUUUCAGUUAUUAUUCAAGUUUAUUCAGAUGAUGGUUCAAUUGUUAGUUGCUCAAUUAACGCAGCAUGUUUAGCAUUGUUAGAUGCUGGUAUAGAAAUGAAUGGAUUAAUUGGAUCAAUUACAUUAAUGAACGAAGACGAUGAUGAAGAUAAUAAUAAAUGUUUAAUGAUAGUCGAUCCAGAUCUCAACGAAGAAAACAAUUCUAAAGCGAUGGCAAUUUUCGCAUUUUCAAGUAAUUCAAAUAAUAUAGUGAUGUCAAAAACAAUUGGCACUUUAACAGAAGAUCAAUAUUUUGAAUGUUUAAAAGCUGCAAGAGGCUGCGACAGCAUUAUUGCAUAUAUGAAAUUAGCUGUUAAAAAUAGAAUAAUGGGUCAAAAUAAUUAA